CUGUACAGUAGGUGGCGGUGUUCAAUUUUAAAUUCUACAGGCCAGAAAGAAUGAUUACAUUACUGUGACGUGAGGAAAAUAAAACAAUUCUCACCAGCAAGCUACAAACAAAGCUAGCUGCAAAUCGACGUGUAGUUUAAUAGAUUGCUAGAUAACUGUAAAUAACCAUAAUAUACAAAACGCAAAGACUGUUACAUUGAAAAGGGGCCAAAAGCGUCGGGGGACAAUGUCGGGUUCCGUGGUCGAGUUCCAGGCGCAGAUAGCCUCAAUCAUGGAGGUGCUAGCCAACGCGGCUGUAGGUGAAAUCUGCAAAAUUGUUGACGAUGGCUAUGCGGUUGUACACCUGAAGAUGUCCCAAAGCCACAAGGAGAACGAAUUUCUCCGGAGGAAAAUGAAAUUGAUGGAACUUCAGGUCGCGAGGUUUCGAGCAGAGAGAACAAAGUUUUCAGAGGGGUCGGUCCACAAUCGCUUCCAUGGAAUACGCCUGCUGAACAGACACAACAAUCGAGAGACUGCAACGACAGGACCUACUUGGCAAAGCAGAGCCAGACUUUCCAACAGGAGUUUUGGAAAUAGCAGCAUUCAAAGAGACCGACAGCCCAUAGACGUGGACCAAGAGGAUGUCUCUCCAUCAAAGCAUAUGAAUGCUACAAGUGAUGAGCAGUCAGGAGAGACAGAGGACGGGGAACCAGACCUGCUGAUCAUCAAGGAAGAGGGAGAAGCAGAUGACCAGGACUCUAGGACCAGCCACCCAGCCAGAACAGUGGAGGGCAGCAGAGAGCUAACCACCCAACCGGCUGCAGCCACCACAGAGGACCCCGCCUUCCAGCCCAGAGGCAACAUCAACACCACUAUGGAGCAGUCAGGAGAGACAGAGGAUGGGGAACCAGACCUGCUGAUCAUCAAGGACGAGGGAGAAGCAGACGACCAGGACUCUAGGUCCAGCCACCCAGCCAGAACAGUGGAGGGCAGCAGAGAGCUAACCACCCAACCGGCUGCAGCCACCACAGAGGACCCCGCCUUCCAGCCCAGUGGCCCCAGAGGCAACAACUACAACAUCCACUCUGCUAUGGAGCAGUCAGGAGAGACAGUGGGAGGGGAACCAGACCUGCUGAUCAUCAAGGUGGAGGGAGAAGCAGAUGACCAGGACUCUAGGUCCAGCCACCCAGCCAGAACAGUGGAGGGCAGCAGAGAACUAACCACCCAACCGGCUGCAGCCAUCACCGAGGACCCCGCCUUCCAGCCCAGAGGCAACAUCAACACCGCUAUGGAGGCCAAAUCUACUGUGGAAGGGGCGAGAGACCUCCAGCCAUGGAAGAAAGAAGAGGAUCUGAGGGAGAUGCCAGGCACUGACAGUGGCCAGAUAAUGACAGACCCAAACACACAGACCUCUCCAGACACAGACCAAGCAGAGUUCACUGAGCAGCUCAGAACCAAACACAGCAUAGUGAAUGUCAACAGAUCAAACACUGUUUUCAAGUCAGACCUGGAGCCUGAGAGGCUGAGCCAGGCGCUCCAACUCACGGUUCCAGGACCUGUUGCUAAACAGAAGUGCAGCCUGAACCCCGAGAGAACAACCGAUCUGCCUGGAACCUCCCGUAAGCAAAGAGGCAGUGAUACAGCGACUGAGCGGCCAUCUUGUUCUAGUUAUGCUGCUGAGACAGUCUCAGGAAGCCCUUCGCCUCUCACAAAGGUGAACCCCAUUCCCCCACUUCCUCAGAUGGUGAGGGGUGAACACGAGAAUUCCCAGGGCGGUUCAGAGGUCAAAUCUGAGGUCAUAGUUAUCGACCCCCUUCCUGUUGACGAGGGGGAGGGUGGGGAUGACACGCCCUCUUCCUGGAGACAAGGUGACAUCAUGGAACCCAGGCAUCAUCAAGGAGGACAUAGUGAAGCAGAUGCCAUGCUUCUUGGAGGACAUUGGAGUAACACUCAUCAUCAUUCUCACCCAGGUGUCCAGGCAGCAGCGCGACAGAACUCACAUGAGAAUCUGUUCUACACCAUUGGCAUGGACGGCGCUUUCGACAACCGCCUUGGCACCUUUCAGAACCCCGCAACCACCGCCACUGCUCCAUUCGCCACGGGAACCGGAGAGCUGCAGUACCCCUCCUGGGUGGAUUUCCCUGGGAGCGCCCCCGACACUCACCUGGGCGACAUGACUGGGACUCAUCAGGACAGAGGGGUGGGGGACGAGGGGGCGAGGUCCUACAGGUGCACCUUCUGCGGUAGGGAGUACCCUCAUCAGUGCCAGCUCAAGAUGCACCAGAGGGUCCACACAGGGGAGAAACCGUACGAGUGCGCCCAGUGUGGGAAGCAGUUCAGCCAGCUGUGCAGCCUGAAGCGGCACCAGAGAGUACACACAGGGGAGAAACCUUUCAGAUGCGCUCAAUGCGGGAAACAGUUCUCUCAUUCCAGCAACCUAAAAGUGCAUCAGAGCGUCCAUACGGGUGAGAAACUGUUCCACUGCACCCAGUGUGGAAAGAACUUCUCCUUUCUGAGCAAUCUGAUAAGACACCAGGCAGUUCAUGCACGUAAAUUAUAGGUUGUGUUGUGUUGAUUUGGGAUUGUGUUUUCUGAAUUUAUUGUAAAUUGAAUGAAGUGUAUGAUUGCUCUGUCUUAAAGGUUGUUACCUGUUAUUUUUGACUGCAGAUUGUUAUAUUUGUUCAUGUUGGUUGUUGUUGUCUAAAAAGGUUAACGUUUUUAUAGCAUAAAUUCAUACAGUAUUUGUGAAGCAAACUAAGAUUUUCACAACGAACAUGCUUAAAGUUAAAAGGUUCUCUGUGAUAAAUUUUUGAGAAAUAAACCAAUUUAGAGGAUGAGAGUAAUACAUUUAGCUUAAUCUCUGCAAAGACAACUCUGUGAUCUCAGUGUUUACGGUAAAUUGUCUCCGGAAGUAGAUUGUUUAACCACGGAAAAGGGUCUUGCUCGGGAAAGUUUGUUUACUAGCUAAAUAAUAACAAAGACGUCCAACUAAGUCAUUUUUCGUGCGCAUGUAGCUUCCGUUAUGGAAACUUUACCAUUAACAGCCGUACGAGCAGUGUGUCAAAUAAUGGAAGAAAGCUACGCUGCUCUUCGUGUGUAAAUGGAGUGUAGCCAUGAACCGAACAGGAAGCCCCUGACGAUGGAGUGUGACACAGAGAAGGCAACUGCAAGCAUGGAACCCUUGCCGUUCUGAUCGUAUUCAAAUGUCUGGUGAGAUUAUAGCCUCUUUUUAGAAUCCGAGAGUGAAAUAAUUACGCACUCGUCUCUAACAUGUAGGCUCAGCAUUGCCGAACAGUGCCAUUACAAGUCAGAAUGUUGAACAAACUUCAUUUCAAUUUACUUGACCUGUUGUCCGCCGAUUUUGUCUCUGUGUCAGAAGUAAUCUGAUACAAAAUAUCCACAAGAAGGUGUUAUCAACCCGAGCUUCAGUAUGCUCACAGAUAGAAUAAAUAUCUUUGGUAUGCUGGUCUGUAUAUCAUUUGUAUUUCUGUUUUGUACUUUCAAUACUGAUGCAAUUUGCACAUGACAAACACUUGCACAAUAUGUCGGAACCUAACCGAACCGCAAACACUUAAAGCUUAAAGCAGAACAGGACAAAUGAUUGUCAGAAACAAACCAGAAUGGAAUACAUGGAAUACGAAUGCACAAGUAAAGAAUCUUAGGCCUAUGGGACACAUGCUUUUUCAAGGUUUUUGCGUCUAUUAUGUAUAUAAACCCUGGAUUGCUGAUGUUAUGUAUUGGCCAUUG